UUGUUUUGGUUCCUCAGGUAGUUCGGGGACCAUGCUGUUUCUCCGGUUGUGAUUAUUAAUAGAGAUUCCUUUCACUGUCAAAAUCACGUGUAGGAUGUUAGAUUAUCCCUCCAGUUCUAUUCCUUUGGGUUUACAAUAGGAGGAGAGGGGAGAUAAAGGGAAUUCUUUUUAAGGGGGUCUCACGCUUGACUUCCGGUGGCCCAAAGAAACUACAAUUUCGAAUCAACAGACCUGCUACGGAUUAAGGCGAUUGUAUCUUUCCUGUUUUAACAAGGGCUGUGCUAACCGUAGUGCGAAUAGAAACUUAUUUUCAAGAUUUUCUCUGAAAGACUGAGAAAUUAAAUUGUACUUCCUGAAAGCAUUAAGAGGAAAAAUGUCUGUGACAUUGCAUACAGAUGUAGGUGACAUUAAAAUAGAAGUCUUCUGUGAGAGGACACCCAAAACAUGUGAAAAUUUCUUGGCUCUUUGUGCCAGUAAUUACUACAAUGGCUGUAUAUUUCAUAGAAAUAUCAAGGGUUUCAUGGUUCAAACAGGAGAUCCAACAGGUACUGGAAGAGGAGGUAACAGUAUCUGGGGCAAGAAGUUUGAAGAUGAAUAUAGUGAAUAUCUUAAGCACAAUGUUAGAGGUGUUGUAUCUAUGGCUAAUAAUGGCCCAAACACUAAUGGAUCUCAAUUCUUUAUCACCUAUGGCAAGCAGCCACAUUUGGACAUGAAAUACACAGUAUUUGGAAAGGUAAUAGAUGGUCUGGAGACUCUAGAUGAAUUGGAGAAGUUACCAGUAAAUGAGAAGACAUAUCGACCUCUUAAUGAUGUGCACAUUAAGGAUAUAACUAUUCAUGCCAACCCAUUUGCUCAGUAGUUGUAAUAGAUCUGGACAAAUACUUAGCAAAUUGCUGGAACAUAUGCAUUGUGGUUUAUCCAGUUUUAAUUAUGUCAGAGAUUUUGUCAUUCUGUUGUUUUAUAGCAAAGAUCAUCUGUGAGCUGUUGGUACCAAGGGGGAGCCCAACAGCUUUUACUGCUAUUCUCAGAGCAUAUUCUUUACUACUGUUAUCCAAGAUAUUUUUAAAAUUUUAAUAUAAGCAAUUGCUGUUUAAUUUUUUAUUCCAUUUUAAAUGUCGAACUUCAAUUAAAUGCAAGAAUUUUUGAAUACCCUAAGUAUAAACUACUACUAUAACUAAUCCUUAACCUAGAAAUAUUGUUUUCCAUGAAUUAUUUACACUGUUAGAAAGACGGGACCAAGAUAAAGAGAUGGUCUAGAAAGACUAGCCAAUCCAUUUGAUAUUUUCUCUAGUAAAGAUUAACAUAUAGUAAAGCUUUUAGUAAAAGCAAAAAUAACCAAAAUGGGGACAGACCUCAAGGGAUCAGGGAUGCUUUUUUUGUUGUUGUUGUUGAUGACCUUUAUUUUUUUCAUUUAUUCAUAUGUGGUGCUGAGAAUCUAACCCAGUGCCUCACACAUGCUAGGCAAGCGCUCUACCACUGAACCACAACCCCUCAGCUCAAGCGAUGCUAUUUAUUAAGCAGCAGAGGGGCACAUUUUCAGGAAAGAAAAUGGUGACAGGUUACAAGGGUGUGCGUGUUAUAGGGUUUAGCAGAGCCUGGACACAGGAAGGGUUAUCAGUUACUUUGUGUGUGUGUGUGUGUGUGUGUGUGUGUGUAAAUGAAUGUACAUUUUUUUUUAU